AUGACCAACUCAAAGGAAGAAAGCCUACAUCAGUCUCGAUGGCGCAAGUUCCUCCAGUACAUUGAGGUACCCACCGAUCCUGGAGUGCCCAACACACCAUGGGUCAACCGGGACCUCAUCCCCAUGCCCAAAGAGCGCCGCACGUAUAAGAUAUGGUCCUACUUCAUCUACUGGUGCAUCUCUGGUCUCUGCAUUUCAGGGUAUGCCGCGGGCAGCACAUUACUCGCGUACGGCCUAGAUGCGCGGCAGGCUAUCGUGUCCCUCGUCAUCGGAGGUCUCAUCGUUGGAGUGCUUUCUGUCGCCUGCGGGUGGAUGGGAGAGAGACACCACAUAGGCUUUACUGUAGCGUGCAGGUUCAGCUGGGGCAUGCGCUUCUUUUUCAAGUGCCGAAAGCAGAUAUGUAUAUUUAGCUGGGAUGGCCUCCAGGCCUACUGGGGUGGACAAGGUAACUUACUUUUUACUUGUAUUAUUCGUUCCGUUGCUGAUAAACUGCGCUAUUUCGUGCAGCCGUUGCGGAAACAGACGUUAGCGGGAGGAACCUUGUUUACCAAGGACCUCAUAGGCGUAAUAGGACCAUUCAUCGUCUCGUCUGUCAUGUUUUGCGGCACCCUGAUCGGACUUCUUGCUUGGGCGGUCUCGAACACGCAUUCUGGUGGUCCAUUGUUUCGGGAGCAAGCCAGUCCCGUCCACGGUGGAACAGGAUGGGCCAUGUUAUUCGGUAUCACCGCGAUUCUCGGCGCAUGGGGUGGUGGGACCCUCGGUCAAAGCGACUGGACUCGCUAUGCCAACCGGCCAUAUGCGCCUACGCUAUCUCAGUUCAUCGCCGCGCCAUUUUGCAUCAUUGUGUGUGCCACGAUCGGCAUUAUUGUCACGUCAUGCGCCCAAGAAAUUGUAGGGAGCCUGAUUUGGGAGCCUUUCCUGCUUCUCGCAACUCUGCAAGAUUACUAUAAUGACUCCCCAAGAGGUAAGGACGAUCUUGCAGUAAGUGUUGGUACUCAAUUCUCUAUCGGACAUUUCUUUGCCGGACUCGGCUGUGUAUGUGCCCAGCUCGGCAUUAGCAUUGUUCUCAACUCUGUGAGCGCUGGAAUGGAUCUUUCACGCUAUAUCAACAUCAGGAGGGGUGCUUACUUGCUCGCCUUUCUGGGGCUGGCUUCGAACCCUUGGCAAUACCUGUCUAAUGCUUCAACCUUUCUGACCGUGAUAUCUGGCUUCGGAAUAUUCUUUGCUCCCUUUUCUGGGAUUCUUCUCGCCGACUACUUCGUAGUAAGGAGAUGCGUGAUCAAGCUCGAGGACUGCUACAUCGGCGACAAACGUUCUAUUUACUGGUACCGCAAUGGCGUCCACUGGCGUGCCCCACUCGCCUGGGUGCUUGGGGUCUUCCCAACCAUGCCAGGGCUAAUCAUGACAACCCUUGACGCGACUGCGUGGAAUGUGUGGGUGCGCAUUUUCCAUAUUGCGUUCUUUGUCGGUCUUUUGAUAUCAUUCGUCACGUUCUCGGUGAUUUGUUGGGUCUCACCCCCGGGAAAUGUGGGUAUUGGGGUGUCGUAUCAUGAGGAAAGUAGUUUUGAAGUGGAGGGUGACUUGGAGACCGAGGAGAAGGGGGAACCAGUGUAGUACUGGCAUAGAUCGUGGUUUAUUCUGCAAGGCCCACUAUCCUACGAUGUUCAAAGACACAAUGACCCUCAUGUCGAUCCGCAACAAGGUAUUGAGGACUGGGACCCAAGUUGACAAGUCCUUCAGUGG